AAAAAAUAUAAAAAAAUAAAAAAAAAUAAAAAUAAGUUUCGAAAUAUGAUCACAGAAAAAAAAAAAAAUUUUCGACUUUUUUUUUUUUCGACUUAUUCGUUAUUUUCGUUUUUUUUAAAAAAAAUUAUAAUUUCUUUCGAAUCGUUUUUUUAUUAUCGUUCAAGAAUUUUUUUUCUAAAAAAUCAUCGUUUUAAUGAUGUUUAUACCUUAAAGAAGUUUUUUAUUAAAAAUAAAUGCUCAUCACGAAUUGUAAUUUCUUUCGAAUCGUUUUUUAAAAUUAUCGUUUUAAAAUUUUUCUUUCUAAUCUUGGAUAUUUAUACCCAUAUAAAACCCAUAUAUUUAUUUGUAUUAAUAAAAUAAAUAAAAUAUACUUUAAAAUUACUGU